UUGUUGCCAUUACUGGUUGAAGCCGUUGUAGCACCCAUGAGAGAUGGUGCGCGACGCCAUGGGCGUGGUGCAAUUUGGUGCAUGCUCCUCGCCUGCGGUGUGGGGUGCUUUGUUGCGCCGCCACGUGUGGGGUUGUACCAAGUGAGCUCGCAACGAUGCCGAGCAUGCCUCCGCCUGUCGCUGAAGAAUAUGAGCUUCUGGGAAGUUGCCACCACAGUAGCCAAUGCAGCCAAUAGUACGACAGGUUCAUACCUCACAGAGGUCAACCGUACAGCCACAGCGUUUCUGCAGAGAAGAGAUGCAGUAGAUCGCGAUGAUGCUAUUGCCAACCUCUGCGAACAGAUGCAAAUAAAAGGUAGACUUUGUCUGGUGCUUGGGGGCAAAAACUUGGGCAAGACACUGCUCAAGGAAAAGGCUAUUGCUAGAUGCAAGGCAGCAGUGAACAUCCUUUCAGUCAACAUGCGGGACGCAGACAUGCUUGGCAAGGAUCUGAUGACGGCACUCAACUUGCAACGUCUGAAAUCCCUUGGGUGGGCACGUCUCUCGUUGGAGAUGUUGGGUGCAGUCAUCCGAUUGCCUGUCAACUACGCCCUGAAGAGGAUUAGUGGACUCAGUCAAGCUGGAGCGGUGGCUAAGGAAGCGUUAGGUGUCGCAACAUCACAUUGUCAAGUCAACAUCGACAACUUUAUCUCCCGAAGCAGGAAGAUCCCGAGCAUCAUCAUCGAUGAAGCAAAUUUGGCACUACCUGGAAUGAAUGCUGGAGAUGGAAGCGUUGUAGCUGGAUCAGCUCUGCAAGCCCUCACGAAGUGGACCAAGGAGACAAGUCAAGCAAGUGUGAUCCUGGUCUCCUCAGAGUUUGGCUAUCCCUUCCGCCUGCAAGCUGCAGGGUUAGACCUCAGGGACACCGGCAACAUCAUUGUCAUCGGCGAAGUGCCAGAGUCAGACAUGCUCAAGAUGCUGAAGGAUGAUUGGAGCAUGGACGAGGACUUGGCAGAGAUGUUCUACAACUACUUUGGCGGCGACAUUUACACCACCAAGCAGGCUUUGGACAGCCUCAUUCGGAAGAAAGAUACCUUCGACCCCUUUGCGGUUGUGCGAUGUCCCGGGCUGCCUUCGUGUGUGGAAAAUGCAGCGGCCAGGGCUCACCUCGAGAACAUCGCGAAGCAAGGCUUCUCUUUGGUGAAGAAUGUGAAGACGGACGAAGGUGCGAGGAUGAUUGCCCAGGAGAACGUGGGCGGGGUCAUCGACAAGGAUGCCAUCACCUUCGGUUUACCCACCAUCUUCACUGGCGCAGACACGGAAUGGGCUGUCAUCCCCUCGUCUUAUCAUAUGAAGCUGCUGAUUGCCCGUAAGCUCCAACAAAUUCCUUUGCCAACAUCAGGUGGUACUGGGACUGCACAACCAGCCGUUUGGGUGAGACAAAUCCGCAAGGACGGUGAGAAGUUCGCACAGAUUGGCAACCCGUUCAAAGUCACCGGAGAGCUGGCAGACGUGGAUGACCUUAAGAAAGCAAUUAAGGCAGAGAAGCCGAACAAAGUGAAGUGUGACGCAGAUGAAAUUGAUAUUUUUAGCCAACAGGAUGGAAGUUGGAUUAGGGAAGAUGAAGACGCAUCUGUCAAUCGCGGCACGUCUAAGACAGAUUGCUAUGGCUUCACAUUGCCAUCAGCGUGAGUGCUUUUCUCAGCAGCGUUACGCCUAGCGUUCCACUUGUCUUGCCCUUCUGUGGCUGAGGUGAAACCAAUUGAGAGCAAGGGUUCCCAAUAGUUUCAACGAAUUCCAUCUUUGGAGUAAAUGUAGAGUGGAUGUCGCUGUGGCAUGACCGUGCAUCACUCACAAGAUAUGAGACACUGCGUUGACACUCUUGUCCAGCAGGUUGUGCACACAGCGGGUACAGAAACAGUGAACCAAAAGCUGUUCAAGAUACGUUUCACUCGGGCAAUGUAUACGCCCAAGCACAGCCACGAAUCCAACCAUGCAUUGUGGGAGAAGGUAAGUGCUUGAUUUUGAACCGGC